AUGGCUUUUAUCAUCAUCUGCGUGAACAAAAGCGAACAUAACAAUGUUUGCCUCAUAAUUGCAUGUGCAAUUAGAAAGAAAAAAACUUUUAACGUGAAUCUUGUGACAAGAAAUUUUCAAUCGAUACGAGAAAAAAAUAUUAACUCAGCUAAAAUGUAUAAUGUACCGCCAAAGUUCAAUCAGAUUUGUCGUCUAUGUUUGACAUUCGUUGAAGUUAAUGGCUCUAGUUCCAGUUCUAACAACAACAGUGACGAUUUUGUGAAAAAACUAUCGAUUUUCAAUAACAACGUCCAACAUCACAUGAACAAAGUUGAUAAGAAAAGCAGUCAUGUUCAUGAUGAUGAUCAAUUAAAUAAAAAACUCAAGCGAAGCAAUGAAAUUUCAAUAAGUUUGAGUGGUGGUGGAAGUGCGAGUGUAAUCAAUAAUGGAUUUCCGUCCGACGAUGAUGACUCAGAGUGGGAUAUUAGCAAGAGGAUAUUACAGUGUCUCUCCAUCAAGAAAUGUUUGGAAUUUAAUAUAAAAUUAUUCAAUGAUUAUUUUAAUUCAAAAAUGAUAUGCUCGCUCGAUUAUAUGAAGCAAACUUUGUUUUAUAGUGUUGGAAUGGAGAGUAAAAGUAAAAAACAAAGAAAAUUGCACAACACAUGA